AUGAGUCACAGCUCGUCGGAGGCCCGCAGCCACGGCGCCGAGGAUGCCGAGCCCGGGCAGAGCCGCGUCACCCGCGCGAAGCGGCCUUGUCCUGACGCCAGCGACGCCGUGGCUCUCCCUGUUGCCGUCCCGGUCGCUCGUGUCAUCCGCGCGGCGGCCACCGCCUCCCGCUGCAUGCCUGCACGCAACGGGGGCUACAGCCCCACUGUGGCCGUGGGCAUGGCCGGCGCACACAGCUGGGCGCCCUACUCGGCCAUCGUCCCCGCCCUCCGCUCCCUCCUCCUGAUGAACCUAAAACAGGAUACCUCUCUCAGGGCCGCGAGGGAGGCCAUCACGGGGCUCUACAACCACGCCACGCCGUUCGGCCCCUCGCGCCGGUUCCCCGCCGGCGAGGUGUACGUGUGUCUUGACCGAGUGCCGCUCGCCCAGACGAUGCAGGGGAUUUUGCAGCCCCUAGUAAAGGCGGAGACGGCCGGGCUGUUCGGCUCACGACUCGCCGGCGCCUGCUCCAACUACAUCAGUGGGAUCUCCUCCGCCCUCCAAGAGCUCACGCGUGUUGACGACCGCCCCGGCAUCUCCCCAACUCUGUAUGACCGCGCGAUCUUCGAGUCCGUGUUCCUCCUGACGUGGACGGAGCCAUGAGAGCUUGCCUCAAACUUCGUACAGUUUAAUGAGUGAUUGAAAUACAAACUGGGUGUGUUUGGUUUGAGGUUCAACUUGCCUGACCAAAACUUUGGUAUGUAAC